AUGUUUACCAAGAAAGCAACAAAUAAGAAAACCGAUGAAACUGGCUUUCUAACACCAGCCGCCUCAAACUCGGUACAACUUAAAGUGCCCACACGACAGUUUAACGUGAGACAUGCAGCGGAAAUUAAAGGAGGUGCUGAUGUGUACAAGAUGGAUAAAGAGGCACGAGGCUUUGUUCGCAUCUUCAACUUCAGUUCUUUUGAGGACAGAUCCGACCUGAACCUUCAGCAACUCGACUACGAUGCUCGCAUUAUGUCAGAUGUAUUUGAUAACAUGGGAUACAUGUGUAAAACACACUCGUCACUCACGGCUCAGCAAACUAAGGAAGUCCUGAAAAGUAUUCGGGAUGCUGAUGAGCUAACAGACGUCGGAUGUGCAAUAUUUGUCAUUUCUGGUUAUAGUGUAAAUGGCAGGAAAGUUCUUACGUCUGACAUGAAAUCUGUAGACAUCGACUAUAUCUUAAAUCUCUUUAAAGAUUCGGAAUGUCCUCAGCUCAAAAACAAGGCCAAACUUUUCAUCUUUAACUUGUACAAGCUGAAUGAAGUGAUCACGACUUCAAGCAGUGAAACUCUAAAAGUGAUGAGGGUGGCAGAUCCCCUUAACGACAUGGCUUGUAUCUAUUCCAGCAACAUUGGUUUCAACUGCAUCCCGAAUGGGAAAGGAACAGCUUUCAACUGGUGUUUGUGUCGCACUUUGGCAGAUUAUGCCGCUGAUCAGGAACUGUGUGAUUUUUACAGAGAAUUCCUGAAAUAUUAUAACGAGAGCUCUCCUACUUUCUCACCCUGA